AUUAGAAAGUCGCAGUCUUAUUGGGACACAGCUAUAGACUUUUUGGACUUUUAUAUUGAAAAAAGCCGAUGCGUAUGUACCAGGAAGCAAAAUUACUCCGCUAAAACUGGUGGCAAUAUGACAGCGCGUGUCCGAAUGGCUGAGAAUGGUGCUCAGGUGGUAUCCAGGCUUGAGGGGCGACAGUCAUUGAAGAAUAUUGAGUCUAAUAUAUUUCCAAUGGAUUGUGGCCCAAGGCAAGGUGAUAUUGUGGAGUUUAAUGGCAUGGAGGGUACAGGUAAGACAGAAACCUUGUACCACCUUAUCACCCGCUGCAUCAUGCCAGUGCAGAGUGGAGGUCUAGAGGUGGGCGUGGUCUUCAUCGAUACUGACUACCACUUUGAUAUGCUGCGGUUAGUGAGCAUUUUAGAGGGACGUUUGGACGAACAUUCAAAGGAAGGUUAUGGUUGUGAGAAUGAACCUGAGGAAGUAUGUUCAUGUCUGCGCAGACUGUCUGUUGUGCAUUGCAACAGCUCAGCGCAGCUCCUUCUCACCCUGCAUUACCUAGAGAACUCUUUUACCAUCCAGUCCUUUCCUGCUUUGCUGGUCAUCGACAGCAUCUCUGCCUUCUACUGGGUGGAUCGAUACAGUGGUGGCGAUAGUAUAGUUUUUCAGGAAGCUAACCUGAAGAAGUGCACCAACUUGCUGGAUAAGUUACGAAAAAACUAUGGCAUUGUGAUUUUUGCCACCACCCAUGCAAUCAUGAGGAACUAUGGCACAGCAUCUGAUUCAGGAUUGUCAGAUGUGCCUGGCUCUUCAUUAUCUUGGAGGUGGAAGUCCGUUGACAGUGCUACAGACUUUAACAAACCCUACCUGUGCAGAGCUUGGCAGAGAAUAGUAACUCACAGACUGCUGUUCACUAAAAGCCAUGUGUCAAAUGACCACAAGCAAGUUUUCUCCACAGCAUGUACCAGCAUAAUGACAAAGGGUGUCAAAAAAUGCUUGUUUGUUGUUAUAGAAGAUGGUAUUAAAUAUUUAUGUGACAAGUGAGUGCAGAGGACACAUGCUUUUAAACUGUCACAUACAGUAAGAUGGUGUAUACGUUUCUAUUUUGUGCAAGAAAAUGCAGAUUUCCAAAAAAGUUUUUUAGUGUGAUUGUUUGCUUCAGAUCUGCUUGAUAAAGUACAAUUACUUUAGUAAAUACAAUUAAAGAGAAUAUCUGGACCAUUACUGAAGAGAACUAUUUUUGUAAUCACUUUUCACAAAGGUCGUUUUUGUUUUUAAAUAAAAGUUUUGGAGUUUGUGUAACAAA